UGCUGCUUUUUUUUAGUCUGCAUACUGGCCAUGCCUGGGUACUCGGUAAAUGCAGUACAUUCUGGUUAGGGUUUUUGUAGGAUUUUGACAUCUUUAUUUUGAAAAAUAGACAUGGGGAAUGUACCUGGUUAGACUCUGGAGGAACUACAAGCUUGUGAGAGUCAUCAGUGGUAUAGAAAAUUCAUGACCGAGUGCCCGUCUGGACUUCACACCUUUUACGAAUUUAAGCAGUUCUUUUGCCUGAGGAAUCUGUCGAAUACUUCAAAUGCCUACGUUAUGACCAUGUUUUCAAUGUUUGAUAUGAAUAAUGAUGGCUUCAUUGACUUCAUAGAAUAUGUAGCCGCUCUGAGCCUGGUGCUAAAGGGAGGAGUGCAGCAGAAGCUCCGCUGGUACUUUGAAAUGUAUGAAAUAGACGGGAUUGGCUGCAUUGACCGUGAGGAGCUGCUUCAGAUAAUUAAGUCCAUCCGUGCCAUCAAUGGAGUUCCUUGCAAGAUAUCAGCAGAGGACUUUGCCAACAUUGUGUUUGACAAGAUUGACAUCAACGGAGAUGGUGAACUUUCCUAUGAAGAGUUCAUGGAGGGGAUUCAGAAUGAUGAAAUGCUGCUGAUGACACUAACACAAAGUAUGGACAUAACAAACAUUGUCGAAAUAAUUCAAGGAGAGAUAAGGGCCAACAUCUAAAAUCUCUCCAACUUUACGGACACUGAAACAUACAUUUACCGUGCCACAGUGGAAGAUGUGGGUUCAGGAUAACCCACAAAUCACCAGAACAAAUGGAUGGAUUGGAUUUUCCCAGAUGGUCCAUGUUUACUUACCCAUACCUCUGAGUUGACUUUCUUUUUCCCCCAUGUGUUGUUGACCCCCUCGCUGGGAAGCUAGGUUCAUUUCAAAUUCUGCAGUAAGAAAGGAGUAACACAUUCAGUGUUGAGUGAGGGAUGGCCACAACUACCUUACUUAAGGCCCUUGUCUGCGGCCCCCAUUUCACCUGUGAGACCAUGAUAGCAUAUUAAAUAACACAACUCAGUGGAACCAUUAACAUCUGACAAUAAAGCAGGUGAACAUUCACUGUCCCUCUUUAUGAU